AAAAAAAAAAAAAAAAAAAAAGAAGCUUCCCGGCUUCGCUCCCCCUGCCGAACCGGGCCGACUGCGACUGACUCUUCGGGGCGCUGAAAUUAUGAGGGCAGGGGAAAUGGGAGGAAAGUGUUCGCUGGCGCACUGAAGUUGUUUGGAGGUUCUCCUUGUGGAAGAGGAAGAGAGAGGCGGCGGCGGAACACCACGAGUUCACUCUCACAGUUGAAGGAGUGAGCUCAGCCUUCCAACAAACCUCCCCCCUCUCGCUGGGCUAAGAUGAGUAUUACCAGUGACGAAGUGAAUUUCUUGGUCUACAGAUACCUCCAAGAGUCAGGUUUUACCCAUUCAGCAUUCACCUUUGGCAUUGAGAGCCACAUCAGUCAGUCGAACAUCAAUGGAACACUAGUGCCCCCUGCAGCCCUCAUCUCCAUCCUGCAGAAAGGGCUUCAGUACGUUGAGGCAGAAAUUAGCAUUAAUGAGGAUGGUACUGUCUUCGAUGGUCGGCCGAUCGAGUCCCUGUCGCUUAUCGAUGCAGUGAUGCCCGACGUGGUGCAGACGCGGCAGCAGGCCUUCCGUGACAAGCUCGCCCAGCAACACGCCACCUGCGCUGUCUCUGCUUCAACCUCAGGAAACCAGUCUAAUGCACCAAAGAACGGAGAAGCCACUGUUAAUGGAGAGGAGAACGGCACUCACAACAUGAAUAACCACAGUGAGCCCAUGGAGGUGGACGGGGACGUUGAGAUACCAGCCAGUAAGUCCACAGUUCUCCGAGGCCAUGAGUCCGAAGUGUUCAUCUGUGCCUGGAACCCUGUCAGUGACCUGCUGGCUUCAGGCUCCGGCGACUCCACGGCUCGGAUCUGGAACCUGAACGAGAACAACAGCUCCAGCUCCACCCAGUUGGUUCUCCGCCACUGCAUCCGAGAAGGUGGCCAGGAUGUCCCCAGCAACAAAGACGUCACUUCACUGGACUGGAAUAGCGAGGGGACUCUCCUGGCGACUGGCUCGUAUGAUGGAUUUGCCAGGAUAUGGACGAAGGACGGAAAUCUGGCCAGCACCUUGGGGCAACACAAAGGGCCCAUAUUUGCACUCAAAUGGAACAAGAAGGGGAACUGUAUUCUCAGUGCUGGCGUAGAUAAGACGACAAUCAUUUGGGAUGCAAAUACAGGAGAAGCCAAGCAGCAGUUUCCUUUUCACUCAGCCCCAGCGCUGGAUGUUGACUGGCAGAACAACACCACGUUUGCCUCCUGCAGCACAGACAUGUGCAUCCACGUGUGUCGCCUCGGCAGCGACCGGCCUCUCAAGACCUUCCAGGGUCACUCGAAUGAGGUCAACGCCAUUAAGUGGGAUCCAUCAGGUAUGCUGCUUGCCUCCUGCUCAGAUGACAUGACCUUAAAGAUCUGGAGUAUGAAGCAGGAGUCCUGCGUCCACGACCUCCAAGCUCACAGUAAAGAAAUCUACACAAUCAAGUGGAGCCCCACCGGGCCGGGCACAAAUAACCCCAACUCCAACAUCAUGCUUGCCAGUGCGUCUUUUGACUCAACAGUGCGACUCUGGGACGUCGAGCGAGGGGCUUGCAUACACACCCUGACCAAGCACCAGGAGCCUGUCUACAGCGUGGCCUUCAGCCCUGAUGGAAAACACCUUGCCAGCGGCUCCUUCGAUAAGUGCGUCCACAUUUGGAACACCACGACUGGAGCCCUGGUCCACAGCUACAGGGGAACUGGUGGUAUUUUUGAGGUGUGCUGGAACAGCACCGGAGAUAAAGUUGGAGCCAGCGCAUCAGACGGCUCGGUUUGUGUUCUCGAUCUCCGAAAAUAGCCCUCCUACUAGGACGACGAAUCCUGGAAACUGCUGAGAUUUGCCUUCUUCGGACAUCAGCAAACGCACUCUCCUCGCUCAAGAAGGGCUGUACAGGUGGACUGAAAAGAACCCCUCACCGGACCUUAACCAGAUGACAGCAGCAGCUCAAACACCAACUAAAUUUGUUGCACCUUAAUGUUUGUUGAUGCGUGUUUUUUCCGAUGAGCCUGAGAGAGGAUGGAAACUGGCUUAGGAAGCCCUCGAAGUGGAUCUGACUCCCUCCUGGGCGAAUCCAUUUAUUAAAAGGUUUCUAAUGAGGACGUGCUGGGGUCCCUGCAGGCUGGGUGGAAACACAAAGAUGAGUCAAGUUUUCUACAGAAAGAAGGGAAAAUGAGAGACAGGUGUUUUGGCUGGGAGAAGCAACAAAAUGCGAAGGGAAGGCGUUGGGCUGAUAAUUCCUUUUAGGAAAUAUAACUAUGUCCAGAUAAUCAAGCAGGCAAGGAAGGAUGAAAGUUAACGAUUAUCGUCACUGCAACGCUGCCACUGUCAGGUGACGGGCUGCUUAACUUCUCUCGGAGGAGGAAGUUUCCACAAAUACCUGUUGCUUGUUUGACAUUAUCCGCAGAUGGACGUUUGAGAGUCAGAUUGAAUGUGCCGUUACGAGGUAGAUCCUAGUUCGUUUUAACAGCAGGUCAACACGAGGAAAACUUGCCAAGUAAUCAUCCUGACGCCCUAAAACGGCCUGUUCUCUCGAAAUGGAUAAUUUCAUUUUGUUAAAAGAAAAAAAAAAAAGAUGUGAAAAUUUUGGUUUACAAAGAGAAUCUUUCUCCCUUUUUGGAUGUAAAUUUCAAGAAUGUAAAAAUGUGUAAAUCAGAUGAAAACACAGACUUAUAUACUGUGUAUAUAUGUUUAUAUACAGUACACUUUAUCGUUCUCUACAGGGGCUCUUUAUUGGCGAGAGCCGUUGCAUCUUCGCUCUCAGUUUGUGACAACAAAGUGCAUGUCAGCCUCUUUUACUGCAGUCUUUCUCAACACGGUCAGCUAUAUACAACGACUUUCCUUUUUUAAUGAGGUGAAAAAUGAUAUGGUGAGAUAUAUUAAUUAUCCUAAUCUGUCUUCUGCUGUUUGCUGGUUGCCUUCAGAGGGUUAACUUGUCCAAAAUAAGGGAGGGAACAGUCAUCCGUCUCCUUGGUUUGCUGAUUCAGCUUAUUUGACACCUUAUUGCCAAUAAAUCCAACUAGCUAGAGAAUCGACCUGACCUAAAUGAGUUAUGACGGCUUGAUCAGCAUCAUCACAGAUCCUCAGUGGCACUUUAAAGCGAAUUUGGCAAAGUACUAUUUGGACAUUUCCAUCAGUGUGUAGAGUUCAUGGCGGGGGAGAAAAAGUCCUGCUGGAAACAAAAGAGCCUUUUUGUUGUUGUUAUUUUAGUUUGGUCUUUUGAAAUUCCUGUGACGUGGAUGGCGACUCAAUACCGCAGAAUAUUCCUCUUCUUUUUGCCUUCUUGUUAUUGAUCUUUCACAUGGUUAGCAUUUUCUGCUACAUCAACAUGAAGUGCACUUUUUGUGAUGGUGGAUUCAGCAACUGUUUGGCUUUGGUUGAAAGUGCUCCAAUGUUUAUUUUUUUUUCUUUCUUUCUUUUUAAUGUCUUCAUUGACUGGAUUGUACAAGGUGUUGCAAAGCUUUCUUUGUUUCUUUUUUUUAAUUAUUUUCUGAGAGCCAUUAUUGUCUGUGUCAGACUGAGAAUGGGGCUGUGUGUGUGGGGGGGGGAGUGACUAUUAUUGGCAUGCCAAGAAGCCCAAAAAAAUGGGGUGACAGCUAUUUUCUCUCUCUUGUACCUUGAUCAAGGGUGCUGUCACCUGUUUCCAAGACAAAACUUUGAAGUCAUUCAUUGUUUCAAAUAAAUUACUAUAUUUUGAUAUUUGACAA